AUGUCAGGGGCAAGGGAAAAGAAAGCACUAAAUGUUGAGUCCUUUUUCUCUUCCUUUUCAGAAGGGAAAAUCCUAAAAACUGAGAUUACAGAGACUCGGUGCCGGUGUCUGCUCGCUACCCGAAACAGCUACCCCUCCGGUCUUCGUGGAGGCCUGGCGCAGGAGCAGGCCCCGGGGAGGCGCAGGGGCCCGCGGGGCCGCCGCGCGCUCUGCGCUGAGAGCCCGUGUGCUUCCCGAUCGGCAGCCCUCGGGUGUCUGGGGUGCCCGGUCCUGUCGGUGCAGCGCAGCACGCGAGAAGACAGGCCCUGGGGCGCCACGGAGAGCUGGGACGGCGGGCCGACCUGCCCGUGCUCCUCGGGGACGCCGGAAGCUGGGCCUGAGGGCCGUCACCGCCCGCGGAGCUGCAGGGCCGAGCCGCGCGGCUGCCUGUGCGCCGGUCAUCGCCCUCGGGGACUGCCGGGACCCGGGGUGCCGGGCCCUCAGCCCGCUGAGAGGCGCAGCGGGCGGGCGGUCUCUCAGGCAGCGCCCAGAAGGCUGGGACGCUGGGGCGCGCCAACUGCUUUGCCCCAGAGGAGCAGCCUGGAGCGGGGCUUCCUCCUGAUCGCUCGUCCUGAGCCGGGACGGGUAGCGCAGACUGUAUCCCAAAACAUCACGGUGAACCCGGGCCGAGUCGCGUGCACGCCCGCGUUUCAGAGCACCCUGGCGGGGACCGGCGUCUGGCCGCCGUGGCCGCGGCUGGCGGAGCUCACGCCGGCCGAGUGCUGGUGGCCUGUGCACCAGGGCGGCUGA